AUGAACACCAAGCCUAACGUGAUUCGAAAGUGUUUGUGCCUUGUGGGUCUAUUCAUCACCGGCACCCUCUCUGUGGACUGUAACUCACUGCAUGUUCACCUGCGUAGAGUCAUCUGGAAAAAUCUGAGACUUCUGAGCACUGUGAGCAAUUCAUUUCCUGUGGCGUGUCUAAGAGAAAACAAAGCUUUUGAGUUGCCCCAAGAUAUCCUGUCAUAUACCCUGCCUCUGAAAAGAGGCAUCAAAGAAGCCUUUUAUGAAAUGUCCAUGUUGGCCUUCAACAUCUUCACUCCAUCUACCUUCCAACCAAUUUGGAAAGAGAAACACCUGAAACAAAUCCAAAUCGGACUUGACCGGCAAUUGCAGUAUCUGGAACAAUGCUUGGAGGAAGAGAAGGAAAAUGAAGACAAGAAAGAGGUGGGAGAGGAUGGGAUGAAAUGCCUAGGACCUAUGGUCCUCCAGCUGAACCACCUAGAACUGAGGAGAUAUUUCCACAGGAUAGGCAGUUUUCUGAAAGACAAGAAAUACAGUCCCUGUGCCUGGGAGAUCGUCCGAGUGGAAAUCAGAAGAUGUUUCUACUACUUUCAGAAAUUUACAGCACUCCUCAGGAGGAAAUAAGAAUCAUCUAUCUACUUUCAAGCAAGAACAUUGAAACUGAGGCUACACAAAUUCACAAAAGAGGGUGAAAUGUACCUGGUUCAGCCCCUGGAAGACACCUCCUGCUAUUUGUUUUAACAGUGUGCUACUCUAUUGUUUAGAUUCAAGAUUCAUCCAAGUGCAGGACUCGAAAUUCAUAGCCAAACAGAGGAAGUCUUAUGAUAAAAUGGAGGCAACCUUCAGUCAAAAAGUUAGAAGAAAUGAUUAAAGGAUGAGAACAAGU